AUGGCGGGCGGCGGUCGCCCCGAGGGGUACAACGAGGGGCGCGCGUGGAAGGCCCGCGUGCUGUCGACCACUGCCACUGGAGGUAUGCUGGUGUGCGACGGGGACGGAGGUGCGUUGGUGUGCGACGGGGACGGAGGUGCGUUGGUGUGCGACGGGGACGGAGGUGCGUUGGUGUGCGACGGGGACGGAGGUGCAUUGGUGUGCGACGGGGACGGAGGUGCGUUGGUGUGCGACAGGGACGGAGGUGCGUUGGUGCGCGACGGGGACGGAGGUGCGUUGGUGAGAGGUGGUGACUUCUGUGUCGACUCAGUAGUGUGUGAGGAAGCAGCAGCAGCAGCAGCAGCAGCAGCAGUGGGGGCAGCACAGCCAGCAGCAGCGAUCGUUGCUGUCACCAGCAACUGCUGCAUCGCUGCUUUCUGUGUGGCAGGUCUGGAGGAGGCAGUGAGGGAGGUGCGAUUCUCUCUGGCCUCCGACCCCACCAACGGGCUGCUGGGGGGCGCUCUCGCUGGAGCGCUGUUUGGCCGCCUGCGAGGUGAGCAGUGGGAGGGAUGGGAAGGGCGAGAGAGCCGAGACAUCGCCAUCCGGGCAGCUGUAAUGUUUGGCCUGGCCGGGGCAGGGCACCGGGCAGCAGUGGAAACUUUCAAGGAGUGGCGCAUUCAGCAGCUCAUGGCUGCCCGCGCGGCUGAACACACUGCCAGCCCUCACUCCCCCCAUGCAGACAUGGCAACAGACAGAGAUGGGGGUGUAACUGCCGGCGCUCCUGCCUCCCAUGCCCACAUGGCAACAGACACAGACGGGCGUGUGACUGUAACGGAUGGGACGCGUGAACGCACAGCAACCACUGGAGCAUCACCUCUCAUGGGAGGCGUGGGGGAGCGGGGCGAGCAGGUGGCGGCGAAGGCAGGAGGGCGGUGGGAGUGGCCAGAGUGGCUUCCUGUGAGGCGGCUAGGUGAGGAAGAGGUGAAGCAGCGGCAGGAGGAGUUCAGACGGAGAGUGGCGGCGGCACAGCGGCUGGAAAUGGCUGGUGGGGGUAGGGAUGCUGGCAUGGGAGGUGCAGAGGGGCGGGAAAAGGGCGAAUGA